UUUAAUGCAAACUAUAAAUUGGUUUUUCAUUAUUAUUAUUCAAAUGCAAACGCUUUGAACGCAAAUGCAAUUCAAAUCAUUUGUUUCUAACAAACGGUAAACAAAAUUAUCGCCAAAACUGAGCGCCAAAAUGGACGCAAAGUCGCCGUCGGGUCAGCCCUCGGGUCCGCAGCACCGGAAGCGGCCAGAGAUGGCUCGCUAUAAGCCAGGGAUGGGCAAGAUUUUGGCCGCCAAGAAGGGCGACAACGGAGACACCAUCGGCGUCCAAAGCGAAGACGUGCGGCACGAGUUGGUUACGGACGCGAAGCCGCCAUCGGAUCCCAGAAGUGAUCACAAGUCUAAUAAUGGCAAUAAAGGCGCCAAUAAUAGCAAUGGCAAGAAACCAGACAUCAAAGUCUACGUUCCGCCCAAACCCGCGGCAAAUGUGGGCCAAUCGGGGCCGCAACGACUCAUGGAACCGGUGCCACAGGCGGGCGCCGCCACCACCACAGCCGCCGCCGACGGCCAACAACAGCAACAACAACAACAACAGGCGGACCUCAAGACGUCGUUGCAUAAGAUCAUCGACGAGGCGUCGCUAUUCUUCGAGAACCUAUUGGUCAAAAUGCAAGAGACGUACGGCUUUGUGAUCGAGAAGCUGUUGGCCCACGAGUACGACUCCGACGCCGAGAACUACGAGACGUUGAAAUUGGUGUCCAUUUCGGCCCAAAAGAUAUACCUCUAUUUGGGUGACCUCUCCCGGUAUCGCGAGUGCGAGACCAAGAACUCGACGUUUGUUAAAAGCAAAUUCUUUUACUUAAGGGCGCAAAUGUUGGCGCCGAAGAACGGCCGCAGCUAUAAUCAGUUGGCACUGUUGGCUAUGUAUCAGAACCGCCGGUUAGACGCCGUGUAUUACUAUAUGCGAAGUCUGGCCGCAAGUAAUCCAUUUUUGACGGCCAGAGAGAAUCUGUUGACCAUUUUUGAUGAGUGCCGCCGAAAGUACGAAUUAAAUGAAAGGAAACGAAACCAAGACUUGGAGGCCAAUCGCCGCAAACGGCGCGAAGAGUUGGAGAGUUUGGCCGCCGAUAAGAAUCGGCUCGAGAUUUGGAUCCGAGCGGACGGCACUUCAGCUGUUUUUGCCAAUUAUAAG